AUACUCUCUGUGAUCUCUUUCUUCCUCCCAAAAACAUCCAAAAUACUAGAAACCAAUUACUAAAACUAUGAAUUCUAACAGUGUGCACGUGACAACUUUUAAGUGUGAAAAUUAAGUACUGAACAAGUAAAAUUAAGUUUACAACUCGUUUGGUACUUCUAUUUACCAUUAGACCACACAUAAUAAUCAAUCACUCAUUGUUCACAUAUAUCUCAGCUGUCAUCACAGACAGUGCCGUGUUCAUUCAAACAAACAUGGACAACGAAGAUAAUCAGAAGCUUCACAUCGCCAUGUUCCCGUGGCUAGCCUAUGGCCACAUAACGCCAUUUCUCGAAGUCUCCAAGUUCUUAGCUCAAAAGGGUCACCGAGUCUCCUUCAUCUCCACCCCCAAAAACAUCCAGCGCCUCCUCAAAUCAUCCCUAUCUCCUCUCAUAACUUUCGUCGAGCUUCCUCUGUCCGCCAUUGAAGGCUUGCCACAAUCCACAGAGUCCACCUCCGAGCUACCAAUUCACAAAGUCCCUUACCUCAAAAAAGCCUACGACUUGCUCCAGCCUCCACUCACGCAUUUCCUCCAACACUCGGACGUCAACUGGGUCAUCCAUGACAUCAUUUGCCAUUGGCUACCCCGAGUCGCGACUCAGCUCGGAAUCAACUCGGUUUACUUCAACAUCUCCAAUGCCACUUCAUUGGCUUUCUUUGGCCCUCCCUCUGAGCUACGCGGAGGUCAACGCCAGCGGCCGGAGGAAUUCACGGUUGUGCCGAAAUGGGUUGACUUUCCUUCUAAUGUUGCUUUUAAGCUCCAUGAGAUGGUCAGCCACUGGGACUGCAUGGACGACGAGGUCUCCGAUUUUCAGAGGCUCGCGGAUGCGAUUCAAUAUUGUAACUUGGUGACCAUGAGGAGCUCUCCCGAGUUCGAAUCCGACUCAGUCAGUUUACUCAGGAAACUGUACGGCAAACCCGUUGUUCCACUAGGGUUGUUGCCACCCAGCUCAGUGCCACGUCAGCACGGUGGCGCUGAUGAUCAGGUGGAUGAGAAGUGGGAAGUGUUGAGAGAGUGGCUCGACAAUAAGAAAGAGAAAUCAGUGAUUUACAUCGCACUCGGUACUGAGGUGACUCUGAGUCAAGAGUUGAUGCACGAGUUAGCUCAUGGAAUAGAGAAAUCCGGGUUGCCUUUUAUUUGGGUGGUCAACAAUCGCCCAUUAGUGGAAGGCAUGUUGGGUGCGGAUAUUAUUCCACCCGAGUUUCAAACUCGGGUGGGUGACCGCGGUUUGGUGUGGAGGGGUUGGGCCCCUCAACUUAAGAUACUGGGUCACUCGUCGGUUGGGGGUUUCUUAACUCACUGUGGUUGGAGUUCGGUUAUC